GCCCCGGAGAGUGACAACCUGUGCUCAAGUUUGGCUAAAAUAAGUGAUUGUAUUUAUUUGAAUCUAUUCGAUGAAGUGAUUCUCGAUUCCGGAGAGACCAUUACCAGCGAUGGCCAGAAAGUGAUCCAUAAGCGGACCGAACGCCGGUGGUUGGGAUCUCUUAAGAUUCCCUUCUCUACACUGUAUCUCAAUUCAAAAAUUGAAGGUACGUUUAGUUUAAGCACACCAUUGGUGUUGUUAGGCUAUGAAUACGAUAACAAGAGUUAUCUCUUGGGAUCCGAUACCACCACAAAAGACACGUCUAAACAGACGUAUCUAACAUUGUUUGUCACAAUUGAUCCAUCGCUACAAUUGCCCGAACCGUUGGUUAUAAAAUGCGAUACCAUAGAGAGUGAGUCACUGGAACUGUACGCUAAGAAGUGGCAAAACAAACUCAAACAGGAGUUCCCGAACCGAUCAAUCAAGACGUUAGCCGUCAAUAUGGAGGCCAAAUCGGUGCUCGUGUGCCGAUACCUGCGGCCACUGAAACCGCCCGAAGAUUUUUUGGCCAACUUUAACGUCACGAACGAUAUAAUGGCCCGAUUGGCCCGUUUCGUGUCACUCAUACCGAAAGUGCCCGACAGCGUAGCGCUUCCCGGUGUGUGCGACAUAUGGUGUGCUUGCGAUCAGUUCCUGGACAUG